AUGGGUAAAAAUGAAGCUUCAGCCACAUCUGUUGAGAAAUGGUUCUCUUCACCUUCAACUUCCGAUCCAGAUUUUAGUUGUCGGGAAUCUUUUUGGAAAAUGAUUAAAAGAUUUAUUCGCUUAAAAAAUCGCAAGACCUGUAAGAGCCAAGCUCUAAUUAAUGGGACUGCAUCAAUGAAGCAAAAAUCCAGUUUCAGUAGAAAAUUAAGAACUAGAGCAAUAAAAUACGGAAAUGACGAUAAGAUUUCACCUGCGGAGAAAGAAAUGGAAUCGUGCGAUAGGCCACAGCUCCUUCCAGAUGUAAUGAUGACAAUUCUGGAACAACUAAAUAUUUAUCAACGCAUUCGAUUGAGAGAGGCAAAUUUUUCCUUGGUGUGUCGCAUGACUAAUUAUCUCUUCAAAGCAUCAACAAUUGAAUUUCCUCCUUUAAAAAUUCAAUCGGGAUACGAUGAUGAUGAAUAUGAGAUUUACAUCAACCAUCCGGAACUACUUCGUAAUUAUUUGGCCCCCGAAGUAUUCGACAAGAGCACAUGUACCGACGAAAAUAUCAUAACUGUACAAUCUUGGCAAGCCAAGGAAAUUCUGAAACGCUUGGCUUCUCGAGUAAAUCACUUGCAACAUCUUUGGCUUGAAACUAAAAUUAAUGGCUCAUUAUGUUCAUCGUUUUUGGAUGAAAUAAACAAGUUGCAUUCUAAUAAUAGAAGAAGAGUUAAAAUGCAAAAAUUGACCAUAGUUGGUAUUGAUGAUAGUUGGAACUUCGACUUAGAUCAGUCCAAACUUACAACCCGAAAACUGUGGUCAUCAAUAGAACUUUGCGAAAAUCUGAAAUAUUUCCAGUAUGAGACCUGCGUUUUGGACUCAUAUUCACACUUAUACAUAACAAACGCCUUAUGUGGCAAAUCACUCGAAAUAUUACAACUUGGUGGAAUCGCCCAAUUCUUCGUGGAUGAUUUAGUGAAAGUAACAAAAGGAUGCGAAAUAAGAAAUCUUUCCAUACUUUGUCCGAACAUACAACCACUUUCUUAUUGUAAUAAAGGCAUACAGUCAAUACUGGAAAGAGUCAAAACCUUGCUCAUUAAGUGCGACGAAAAUUAUACCAUAGAUGAUUACGAAAAUCGGUUAAUGAUGAUGAAUAUUCUAAGAACACUGAAAUCGAAUAGCACUUUAGAAGUUCUACACAUAGUUCGCAAUAAUGUUGCACAAGCAUCAAAAAUAAUGAGCUAUUGGCUCGAAUUGUCAAGAGAAACAUAUCGACGCGUCCGACUCAAAUUGUCCGGAAUUUCUCAAGAUCGAAUAGAUCAAGCAAUUGGUAGAUUGAUAAGAAAAUGCGACAACGUUUUGAAAAAAAAUAGUCAAGGUAAGAAGCAUUUAUAA